AUGCGGGCUCGGUCUAGGCAGCCUGUUAAAAGGUACAAGAAGUUGAUCGCAGAAAUUUUUCCUCAAUCCCAGGAAGAAGAACCUAAUGAUCGAAAGAUGGGGAAAUUAUGUGAAUAUGCCGCAAGAAAUCCUUUGCGCAUCCCAAGGAUUACAAGUUUCCUUGAGCAAAGGUUCUACAAGGAAUUACGAAAUGGAAACUUUCGUUUGGCAAAAAUUGUUAUGUUUAUUUACAGGAAAUUGAUAGUUUCUUGCAAGGAGCAAAUGCCUUUGUUUGCAACUAGUCUAUUAAGCAUUAUGCAAAUUCUGCUGGAUCAGACAAACCAGGAUGAAAUGCUAAUUAUAGGGUGCCAGUCUAUCUUUGAUUUUGUAAAUAAUCAGAUUGAUGGAACCUUUAUGUUUAACCUAGAAGGAUUUAUUCCAAAGCUCUGUCAAUUGGCUCAAGAAGAUGGAGGAGAUGAGAGAGAACAACAUCUUCGUGCAGUUGCACUACAAGCUUUAUCCUCUAUGGUCUGGUUCAUGGGGGAAAAUUCUCAUAUUCCAGUUGAAUUUGACAAUAUUGUUUCUGUAGUCUUGGAAAAUUAUAGAAGUCCACUAAAGGAGUCCCAAGAUCCCAACCAAAACCAUUGGGUGCAAGAAGUUCGUAAAAUUGAGGGCCAUGUCUCUCCUUCACCAGAUGUCUUGAUGAGGGUUCCCUCUUGGAGGAUGAUUGUAAACGAGAAAGGAGAACUCAAUAUGACAGCGGAAGAUGCCAAGAAUCCAUGCUUUUGGUCUAGGGUGUGUUUGCAUAACAUGGCCAAGCUAGGGAAGGAGGCUACAACUAUGCGCCGGGUUUUGGAAUCCUUGUUCCGGUAUUUUGAUAAUGGAAAUCUAUGGCCUGUUGAACAGGGGAUUGCUUUUCCUGUCCUCAAAGAGAUGCAACUUUUGAUGGACGACUCAGGACAGAAUGCACAUUUUUUGUUGUCGAUAUUAGUCAAGCAUCUUGACCAUAGAAAUGUUCUUAAACAACCUUAUAUGCAGCUUGACAUCGUUGAGGUUGCCACUUCCCUUGCUCAACUCACCAUGGUGCAGUCAUCAGUAUCUAUAGUCAGUACGGUGGGUGAUGUUAUAAGGCAUCUGCGUAAAAGCAUACAUUGUUGUCUUGAUGAUUCAAAUCUGGGAGAGGAAUUAAUCAAAUGGAAUAGAAAAUUUUAUGAAGCCGUGGAUAAGUGUCUCACAGAAUUGUCAUCUAAGGUUGGAGAUGCAGGUAUAAUCCUUGACGUAAUGGCCACAAUAUUAGAGAGCAUCUCAAGCAUUAAUGUUGUAGCUAGAACGACCAUCUCUGCUGUUUACCGCACUGCUCAAAUUAUAGCUUCUAUCCCUAAUUUAUCGUAUCAAAACAAGGCUUUCCCUGAGGCUUUAUUUCAUCAGUUGCUUCCAGCUAUGGUCCAUCCAGAUCAUGAAACGCGAGUUGGAGCUCACCGGAUCUUCUCUGUUGUCCUUGUGCCAUCUUCCGUUUGCCCUCAUUCAUACUCAUCCUCAAUUGGCAUGAAGAAGACUACUGACUUUCCGAGAACACUCUCAAAAACUGUUUCUGUAUUUUCUUCAUCGGCUGCCCUGUUUGAAAAACUGAGUGACCAAAAAAGUUCAAGGGAAAACCUCAAUGAAUUGAACAACGAAAAAUCUUUAGGUGAGGGAGAACAAAGAAACAACCCUAGUGGAAUGUUUGAUAGAAUUAAGUCAACUUAUAGUCAAGCGUACAGCUUCAGAAGUUCACCAGCACCAGAUGUAGAUUCUGCAACCAAGUCAAGUAAAGAAAUGGAUGCCGUUGCUCUUAGGCUGAGCAGCCACCAAAUAAGCCUUCUGCUCUCUUCUAUUUGGGCACAAUCCAUGUCUCCUUCAAACACGCCUGAAAAUUAUGAAGCUAUUGCUAAUACAUACAGCUUGGUUUUGCUGUUCUCUCGAGCCAAGAACUCCUACCGUGAUGUUCUAAUAGAGAGUUUUCAAUUGGCAAUUUCAUUAAGGAGUGUCUCUCUCUUAGAAAGAGUGCCACUGCCACCAUCUCGCCGCAGAUCCCUCUUUGUGCUGUCGACUUCUAUGAUUAUAUUUUCAUCGAAGGCAUUCAACAUCCUUCCUCUUGUCCCACGUGUCAAGGCUAUACUUAAAGAUAAAGUGGUCGAUCCAUUUUUGUGCUUGGUUGAUGAUUGUAAGUUGAAGACUUCGGAUACAGGAUCUGAUCAUCCGAAAACCGUUUAUGGGUCAAAGGAAGAUGACAGUUCAGCUUUGAGAUGUCUUUCAGAAAUAAAAAUCACCCAGGAACAGACUACAGAAUGUCUUGUUUCUGUUAUUAUUAAUAAUCUGGAUAAUUUGACAAAUUCUGAAGAAUCUUCCAUAAGGGAGCAGUUGCUCAAAGGAUUUAUGCCUGAUGAAGAAUGCUUUCUGGGAGUCCAGGUGUUCACAAACACCUCUAACCAAGCGCAUCCGAGGCAUACAACGAACUUUAAAUCUCUAAACAAUGUGGCCUCAAUUUUGGAAAUAGAUGAUGAUUCUCUUCUGGAUCCAAAAAGUAGUCAACAUAAUUCACUGUUGGCCCUUGAAAUUCCUGACCUUUUGAGCGUCGAUCAACUUCUACAAUCUGUUCUGGAGACUGCACAUCAAGUAGGCAGAUUUUCUACAAGCAAUGCUCCUGAUGCAUCUUAUAAGGAAACAGCCAAUCAUUGCGAGGCACUUUUGAUGGGAAAGCAGCAGAAAAUGUCUUAUUUGAUAAGCGCCCAACAUAGGCAAGGGAGUUUAUUGACCAUAUCUUCACGGAGUUCUGGCCAACGGCUACCUUCAUUUGUCAUUGCUGAUGGCAGUUUCCAAAAGCAGAGUGUGAAUCCAUUCAUGGAUCAGAACGUGCCCGAACUUCCCAACAGACUGUUAACGAGUGGGAUCCCCACACUAUGCGCUGCUGUGCAUCAUCCUCAAUCCUUCAGGCUGCCUGCAUCAAGUCCAUAUGACAAUUUUUUGAAGGCUGCUGGAUGUUGA